AUGCACUUUGUUCGCUUCUCUACGUACAUUGCUUCUUGUCUCUCUGUUACUCGUGCUUUCAGCGUGACUGUUGGGACUCCCACUCAAUGUGACCCUCUCAAGAUCUCAUGGACUGGUGGGCAAGCGCCGUUUGAAAUACACUUAACUCCCUAUUUAAAACCGUAUCAGAACGCAUCUGUACCAGCAUCAGCCUUUAAGAACGGCGUAGGCUCUUAUUCAAUACCACAAUUGACGUUGUCGGCUGGAACAACGUUUCUACUCACUAUGUCGGACGCCGCCGGAUUUGGUUCGGGCGGGACGACAAACCAACUAACUGUUGGGAAUUCUGGAAAUAAUGAUUGUAACACUCAAGAUUUGUCACCUCAGUACAUGUUCUGGUUGACUCCAACUCCGAGUCCGAUGACGCAAUGCAGCAGUGCAGUUGCUACCAAUGGUGCAGUCCUGCCCAUUACUAUUGCGCAACUUAUUCCUGGCGGACAACCAACCGUAUUAUAUUCCAAUGAAGACACUUUUACGUCGAGUGUCAAUGUUACAGGAGGGACGAGUCUCCUGUAUUUUGUCACCGACUCCAAGGGCAGACAAGGUGGGGCCUCUGGGUUGCAGCAGGUCUUAGGGUCGAGUAAUUUCACGUGCCUAAGCGCCAACUCGCCGUCAUCCACUGCAGGCAUAUCGGCCACAGCCACCACCACGGCUUCGCCGUCAUCUAGUUCAAGCAAUACAUCAAGCAAGGCUGCUCUUAUCGCAGGCGCGGUCGGCAGUGCGGUGGUCCUUACUGCAUUGGUCAUCCUCGGCAUGUGCCUGUGGCGUAAACGGAGAGCAUCCCGCAUUCAGCCUUCUAAAACAACCUAUUUUCAACUGCAGAAUACAAACGAAGUCAGCCUUUACAGUGAAGUUCUGCCAUCGCCAUCAUCAUCACCAUAUCCCGUCAGCUACCACAUGACACCCGUCGAGCAUAUGGCUGUGGGGGCUCGACCAGCACCACCGUUACCACGGAAGAGAGACCCUGCCCACUUUUCUUCACCCGUUGAACCUGGAUCCCAAUCAAUUUCUACCACUUCCGGCAACGUCACAGUUAGGGAUCCUCCCACACCCUUUCGUGUUGAAACACAAAUUUCCCCUGACACAGACAGCUUAGCUAUGCACGGAGCAUCUGGAAGUCAAUCUACGGCGUCGGCUAGCGCCUAUCAACCUCCCACUCAAAUCAUUGUGCAUACCGACGCUGAUGAUGUUGUGCCAGACCGCAAUGGUUUGGUUGAACUUCCACCGCAGUAUUCAGAUCAUCGGGAAAACCGUACCUUGGAAUCCAAGUCUGCGUCAUGA